GACAAGUCCUAAUGGAAAUUUCUGAAGUACACAAGAAAAUCAACAUGGAUAUGGAAGACCAUUUUAGGAAAUUUCACAAAGAUAUCAUCAGUGAAUUGGAGAAAAAAACUGAUCAGGAUGUGAAAUACAUGAACGCCACUCUUAAAAAAUACCAAACAGAACAUAGAACUAAAUUGGAUUCUCUUGAGAAAUCACAAGCAGAGCUCAAAAAACUUCGAAGGAAAAGCCAAGGAACAAAAAAUGCAUACAAAUAUGAAAAUAAAGAAAUGGAG